ACGCCCAGACGCGAGUCCGCUAACGCCUAGCGCCACCAGCCCCGUCCCGAACGUCGCCUGGGUGCCCCGCUUGAUCUCCCUGACGGCACCACUUCCGGUCGAGCCAACGCCUCCUUAAAAACGCCACUUCCUACCGGGAAAACGGGCGCGGGGCGGUGUGGGAAAAACACAACAAAGGCGCAUGCGCCCAGGCGGGGCUCGAAGUGGGUGGACUUCUCUCUUCCCGCUCACGCCUCCUUACCGCUGCGGCGUUCUCGCGGUGUUUCCUCCUCCCGCGGGAGUUAUUUGAACGCUCUGGCGGUAACCACACCCCGGACGCUCAGAGGCCGACCUGCGGGAGGCUGGGAGGCUGGACUACUGGGCAUCGGGGCGGACGACAGUCAUCGAGGCGCCAUGGGAGCGGAGAAGAGGCUGCUGCCGAUUAAGGAAGCCUUUCGGCUGGCACAGCAGCCGCACCAGAACCAGGCGAAGCUUGUGGUGGCGCUGAGUCGCACCUACGGCACGAUGGAUGAUAAAACAGUUUUUCAUGAGGAGUUCGUUCAUUACCUUAAAUAUGCUAUGCUGGUCUACAAACGCGAGCCAGCCGUGGAAAGGGUAAUAGAAUUUGCAGCAAAGUUUGUGACUUCAUUUCACCAAUCCGAUUUGGAAGAUGAUGAGGAAGAGGAAGAUGGUGGCAUUUUAAAUUUUUUGUUUACUUUUCUCUUAAAGUCUCAUGAAGCAAACAGCAGUGCAGUCAGAUUUAGAGUAUGCCAGCUCAUAAACAAGCUUUUGGGAAGCAUGCCGGAAAAUGCCCAGAUUGAUGAUGAUUUGUUUGAUAAAAUUAAUGAAGCCAUGCUUAUUAGAUUGAAGGAUAAAAUUCCAAAUGUGAGAAUACAGGCAGUUCUGGCUCUUUCACGACUUCAGGAUCCCAAGGAUGAUGAAUGCCCUGUGGUUAAUGCAUAUGCUACUUUGAUUGAAAAUGAUUCAAAUCCAGAAGUUAGGCGCGCAGUGUUAUCAUGUAUUGCACCGUCAGCGAAGACUUUGCCAAAAAUUGUAGGGCGCACCAAGGAUGUAAAAGAGGCUGUCAGAAAGCUGGCUUAUCAGGUUUUAGCUGAAAAGGUUCACAUGAGAGCAAUGUCCAUUGCUCAGAGAGUAAUGCUACUUCAACAAGGUCUUAAUGACAGAUCAGAUGCUGUGAAACAAGCAGUGCAGAAGCAUCUUCUCCAAGGCUGGUUACGUUUCACUGAAGGAAAUAUCUUGGAGUUGCUUCAUAGAUUGGAUGUGGAAAAUUCUUCUGAAGUGGCAGUCUCUGUUCUCAAUGCCUUAUUUUCAGUGACUCCUCUCAGUGAACUGGUGGGAAUCUGUAAAAACAAUGAUGGCAGGAAAUUGAUUCCAGUGGAAACAUUAACUCCUGAGAUAGCUUUGUAUUGGCGUGCUCUUUGUGAGUAUUUGAAAUUAAAAGAGGAUGAAGGUGAAGAAUUUUUAGAGCAGAUUUUGCCAGAACCUGUAAUAUAUGCAGAAUAUCUACUGAGUUAUAUCCAGAGCAUUCCAGUAGUGACUGAAGAACAGAGAGGUGAUUUUUCCUAUAUUGGAAAUUUGAUGACAAAAGAGUUCAUAGGUCAGCAAUUGAUUCUGAUUAUCAAAUCUUUGGAUACCAAUGAAGAAGGAGGAAGGAAACGACUGCUGGCUAUUUUGCAGGAGAUUCUUACUCUACCCACAACUCCUAUAUCCCUUGUUUCUUUUCUUGUGGAGAGACUUCUCCAUAUCAUUAUUGAUGACAAUAAGAGAAUACAAAUUGUUACAGAAAUUAUCUCAGAGAUUCGGGCACCUAUUGUAACUGUUGGUGUUAAUGUUGAUCCAUCUGAUGCAAGAAAGAAAGAACUCAAGAUGGCCGAAAUAAAAGUUAAACUUAUUGAAGCAAAAGAAGCUUUGGAAAAUUGCAUUACCUUACAAGAUUUUAAUCAGGCAUCAAAAUUAAAAGAAGAAAUAAAAGCAUUAGAAGAUGUCAAAAAAAACCUGUUGAAAGAGACUGAGCAACUUGAAAUUAAAGAAGUUCACAUAGAGAAGAAUGAUGCUGAAACACUACAGAAGUGUCUUAUUUUAUGUUAUGAACUAUUGAAGCAGAUGUCCGUUUCAACUGGUAUAGGUGCAACCAUGAAUGGGAUCAUUGAAUCUUUGAUUCUUCCUGGAAUAAUAAGUGUCCAUCCUAUUAUAAGAAAUCUGGCUGUUUUAUGCUUGGGAUGCUGUGGACUACAGAAUCAGGAUUUUGCAAGUAAACACUUUGUGUUACUAUUGCAGGUUUUGCAAAUUGAUGAUGUCACAAUAAAAGUAAGCGCUUUAAAGGCAAUCUUUGACCAACUGAUGGCAUUUGGGAUUGAACCAUUUAAAACUAAAAAAGUCAAAGCCCCUCAAAGUGAAGAUGCAGAAGUAAACUGUGAUGGUGAACAAGAAUCAGCAGAAGUUGAGGAGACUGCUACAGCUAGAAAUGUUUUGAAACUCCUUUCUGAUUUCUUAGAUAGUGAGGUGUCUGAACUCAGGACAGGAGCUGCCGAAGGACUAGCCAAACUGAUGUUCUCUGGGCUCUUGGUCAGCAGCAGGAUUCUUUCUCAUCUCAUUUUGUUAUGGUACAAUCCUGUGACGGAAGAGGAUGUUCGACUUCGACACUGCCUGGGCAUUUUCUUCCCCAUAUUUGCUUAUGCAAGCAGGACAAACCAGGAAUGCUUUGAAGAAGCCUUUCUUCCAACUCUGCAAACACUGGCCAGUGCCCCUGCAUCAUCUCCUUUAGCUGAAGUGGAUAUCACAAAUGUUGCAGAGUUGCUUGUAGACCUGACAAGACCAAGUGGAUUAAACCCUCAGGUCAAGGAUUCCCAGGAUUAUCAGGCCUUAACAGUACAUGACAAUUUGGCUAUAAAAAUUUGCAAUGAAAUCUUAACAAAUCCAUGCUCACCAGAAGUUCGGGUCUAUACAAAAGCUUUGAGUUCUUUAGAGCUCAGUAGCAAUCUUGCAAAAGAUCUUCUGGUUCUGUUGAAUGAGAUUCUGGAGCAAGUAAAAGAUAGGACAUGUCUGAAAGCUUUGGAAAAAAUCAAGAUUCAGUUAGAAAAAGGAAAUAAAGAACUUGGUGACCAAGCUGUGGCAGUACAAGAUGCCAACAUGAUCACAACUCUUUUUCAAGAUGAUGAUGAAAAGAAUAAAGAAGUAUAUAUGACUCCUGUCAGGGAUGUAAAAGCAACCCAGGCAUCAAAAUCCACUCAGCAAAAGACUAACAGAGGACGGAGAAAAGUGUCAGUUUCAACUAGGACAAACAGGAGACGUCAGAUUGCUGAGGCUGACUCUGAAAGUGAUCAUGAAGUUCCAGAACCAGAAUCAGAAAUGAAGAUGAGAUUACCAAGACGAGCCAAAACAGCAGCUCUAGAAAAAAGUAAACUAAACCUUGCACAAUUUCUCAGUGAAGAUGUAAAUUAGGAGAGAUGAUGAAGGUGGAGUCCUUUUAAAGUUAUGUUCAUUUUUACCUUAAUAAAGCUGCGUCAAAAUCAGAAAAAACCUGAUGUCUUUCUGAAGACUUUUGUUGUGCUCUGGCGUGUGUCGUUGGUGUGAUACAAAGAUUGCUGGCAUUAGCCACAUAUAUUGGUUUGAUCAGAAUCUGAGGUGGGCCUAGGAAUCUGCUUUUAAAUAGGCUCCCCAGGCAGUUCUUAUGCUAUUAUGCAUUAUAGAAAACUUUUAGGUAUAGCUAAUUAGGAGCUUGCAUUUGAGAAGCUUCGCGAGCAGAUCCAGCAACACAGGUGAAAAUGCUUCAGCAUACACUUAACAGGUGACAUUUCAAGGACAAAUGAAUUUCUACAAACUGGCCAGAAGGACCUUCUUGAGGAGGACCAGUGUAAUGAACCAAAGUGCUUGUCUUCCAAGUUAAACAGUUACUUGACAAUCUUGAGACUCCUCCACUAAAAAUGCUUUCUUAUGCUACCUGCAGGGGUAAUCUCCCCUCCUAAAGCACUUGCCUGUGGGAGUCCACUUGUGUUUCUAGGUUAGGGAGAUGUCUACAUAGAAAUUAUGAAGCUGCUUUGGUAUUGGCCAAAAUAACAAAAAAUAUUAACUGUGAAUGGUACUACUAUUAGUGAGAGAAGAAUGACAGGAAGUCCUCUUGAUAUACUAAUUUAUGAGCUUUCUUCCCUGUCAUUUAUCACCUUUUGAAACUUGCACCAUAUGAAAUUAGUCUUCUUUCUACAACA